AUGCCCUCUGUCAUCAUCGGAGCUCUGCAGAGUCUCGGGGCGCACCUGUGCUUUCUUGAUUCAGACGAUGUCAUGAAGCCCGAGCGCGUGCGCGUGCAGCUUGCGGCGAGUCUGCGUUUUCCCAACGCCAUGAUUGGUAGUCGGGUUGAGCGAGUCCCAGCCGACUCCACUUCGCGCUACACACACUGGAUCAACGGCGUGACCCAGCGCGAACUGGUCACCCACCGCUUCCGAGAUGUCUCCCUGAUCGCCCCAACCUGGUUCAUGCCACGCCGCGUCUUUGCCAGCACUGGUGGCUUUUCCCCCGAGUUGGCCGAGGAUUUGCUGCUGCUACAUGCACACAUCACAGCCUUUGCUCAUCAGCACGGGCAUGAUGGUGCUCAGGCUUGGUCCAUCGCCCGCCGAGCCUUCCGACCCCUCGAUCACAGCACAUCUGCCCUCUCGGUGGUGGGUCACACUGAUGCCGAUCCAAGGGAUCGCUCAACGACAGCUGAAGCCCGUAUAUCUGCAGGAAUGCCUACAGCAGAGCAGCUUGUUCUUCCUACCUCUGAGGUUGCUCUCUAUCGCUGCCCCGAGGUACUGAUGAUGUAUCGCUUUCGCGAAGCCUCGGGUAGCUUUCGAGUGUCUCGUGCCUAUCUGCGCGAGAUGCGCACAGCGUUAUUAGUGGAUCAGGUCCUGACAAAGUGGCCUGAUCGCUUUGGUAUAUGGAGUGCCGGCAAGAAUGGUCGUCAGUUUUUCCAGGCCCUGCCUGCACACUUACAAGCGCGGGUUCGCGCGUUUUAUGAUGUGGACGCCAAAAAGCUUGGCAAGGAGUACCGGCACCACGAUCCCGUAACCCGACAUGUUUUACGCAGCAUACCCAUCCUACCGAUCGAAGGGCUUGUGCCACCUUUUGUCACAUGUUUGGCCUUGGAUCGUACGGAGGGUGUCUUCGAGGCUACGCUAGCGCAUAUGGCCGUCGAUUUGGUGGAGGGUCGCGACUACGUCAUCUUUAACUGA